AUGUACUCUGAUGACACAAAACUGGGAGGAGUGGCUGAUGGGCCAGAAGGUUGGGAAGCCAUCUGGAGGGACCUCAGCAGACUGGAGAAACGGGCCAGCAGGAACCUCGUGAAGCUCAACAAGAAGUGCAAGGUUCUGCAUCUGGGGAGGAAUAACCCCGUGCACCAGCACAUGCCAGGGACUGACCGGCUAGAAAGCGGCUUUGCAGAAAAGGACUUGCAGGUCCUGGUGGACGCCAAGUUGAACAUGAGCCAGAAAUGUGCCCUUGCAAGAAAGAAAGGCAACAGUAUCAUCAAGAUAGAGAAGGAGCUUAGCAGCCUCUACAAGAGAACGUUUGAGCCUCUCCAUGUGCCUCCAGAGCUCUUCCAAAGACUAACUGGACAAUUCUGCAACAUUCAGACUUUAAAGACAGGUCAAGCCUAUGCUGCAGAAGAUAAAACAUCAGUUGAUGACAGAUUAAGCAUUCUGCUGAAGGGGAAAAUGAAGGUGUCUUAUCGAGGGCAUUUUCUGCAUAAUAUUUACCCCUGUGCCUUUAUAGAUUCUCCUGAAUUUCGAUCAACGCAGAUGAACCGGGGUGAGAAAUUCCAGGUCACCAUUAUCGCAGACGAUAACUGCAAGUUCCUGUGUUGGUCCAGGGAAAGGCUGACUUAUUUUCUGGAAUCUGAACCAUUUCUUUAUGAGAUCUUUAAGUAUCUUAUUGGCAAAGAUAUUACAAAUAAACUCUAUUCAUUGAAUGACCCGACUUUAAAUGACAAGGCUUCAAAAAAGAUUGAUCGACAACCUAGUCUUUGCUCGCAGCUCUCUGUGAUGCAGAUGAGAAACAGUAUGGCCAGCACCAGUGACAGUGAGGAUGGCUUGCAGAUGUUUCUUCGCGGGACUUCCUCUGCAUCCUCUCUUCGGCCGGGCCGGACGUCUCCCUACCUGAGAACUUCGGCAAAAAUGAAGCCAAUAGAAGAAAGUGUUGAAGAUGAUGUCUUUGAAGCACCAUCUGCUGAUAAGCUUGAACUGCAGCGGCUGCCUUAGUCAGAUGUGUCCUCAGGCUGAUCAGAGCUUGCACAAAGGUCCAGUGCAAGAGGAAGAAGCUGAAUUUGGGAGGAAUCUGAAAGCUAAAACCACAUCUCCAUGUUUGAAUUUACCACAGCAUAUGUCAGUGGCUUCUAGAUGGAAAUGUCACAUUUUAUUUUACUUUGAAAUAAAACAAAAUAAAUAAAAACU